UCAACUUGGAUGGUGCAAGAGUCUUCAAUUAUCUCCCAGAGAUGCCAGGCAAUAUUGAAUUCUUAAGUUUACGAAGCUCUGGUAUAAAGGAGUUGCCAUUAUCAGUUUGGUCUAAUGAAAGAAUUUCUGAGUUUAAUAUUGAGGAUUGUAAAGAACUUGAGAAACUUCCAAGCAGCACUUACAAUCUGAAAGUCUCCAGUACUUUUAGUCUAGAUCACUGCUUAUCUCUUGGCGAGUUUUCCGAGCAUCCCAAGGAUCUAAGUGUAUUAGAUUUGGCUAGGACAUCAACAAAAUUAUUGCAUAUAUCAUCAAUGGCGCACCUCUUUAGUCUCACUACAUUUAAACUAAAGGGUUGCCAAAAGCUUGAGAGUCUCCCAAUUGGCAUUUGCAAUUUGAAAUCUCUUAAGGAACUCAAUCUCACUGGUUGCUCUAGAUUUGAAUGCUUCCCAGUCAUCUUGGAUCCAAUGGAACAUUUGGAGUUUCUUAGUUUAGAAGAAACAGCUAUUAAAGAGCUACAUUCAUCGACCGAGUUUCUCCCUGUUCUUGAAACAUUUCAAUUAAAAGGUUGCAAGAGGCUUGAAAGUCUCCCAACCAGCAUUUGUAAGUUGAAAUGUCUUGUGGGAAUUAAUCUCUCUGGUUGCUCUAGACUCGAAUACUUCCCAGAAAUAUUGGAGCCAAUGGAACAUCUGGAGUUUCUUUGUUUCAAAGGGACUGCGGUUAAAAAGCUUCCUUGUUCAAUUGAUAAUCUAAUUGGGCUUCAAACAUUAGAUCUCCAUCUUUGCAGGAACUUUGAGGUUGUCCCAAGCAGCAUCUACAAUUUAAAAAAUCUUGUAACUCUCAACUUUGAUGCUUGUCAGGAACUCAAAGAAUUACCUUCCGGCACUGUCAGUUUGAUCUCUUUGGAAGUACUAAACCUCUGUCGCAGCAGUAUAUCAGAAAUCCCUGAUAGUCUCGUUUGCUCAGCUUCAUUGAAAGAUGUAAAUCUGAGUGAAACCCUGAUUAGAAGCAUACCUGCAUGCAUCAAAGAAGCACCUCGUCUGUCUCGCCUGUGGUUAACCAAUUGCAAGAUGCUUCAGUCUUUACCAGAGCUCCCAGUGCUAGUAUAUCUUGAAGCAGAAGGUUGCACACCACUAAAGACAGUGUCAAGUUCAAGGACAACACUCGCACAAGGUUGGGAUAAGUUUUGUCAAGAAAUAAUCAACUUUUUUGGUUGCAUAAAUUUAGAGCACAAUGCACGGAGCAACAUAAUGGCUGAUGCACAACUUAGAAUCUUGGGAGCCGCAAGUGUGUCACCGAAGUUAAGAGAAGAAAAAUAUGAUGAAAACUCCUUUCGGCCUUUGGUUACCAUUGUAUGUCUGGGGCAUGAAAUUCCAAAUUGGUUCAGCAAUCAAAAUGACGGAUCUUCAAUAAUAAUCAAUCUUCCCCCAAACUGGUUUCGCAAUGGUUUCUUGGGUUUUGCUCUAUCUGUGGUUGUUACUUAUAACGACUGCUGGGUUCGACAUGGUGUGGAGUUCGGAUGCAAGUACAAAUUCAUAACUAAGAACGGUGAAAGUCAUGAAAUGAUCAGUUGUUCUUUCUAUUUAGGAUGGUACGACUCCUAUUUCAAUCCACAUCACGUGUUUGUGACCUACAACGCCUUCGAACUUGAAGAAGAUGCUAAAUACUCCACUGAUUUUUACGGACUUAUUACGGAGGCCUCUGUUCGUUUCCGGCCAAUGAGUCUUUCCUGCCAACCCAGUUCCUAUUUGAAUUGGAAAAGUGUGGUAUCAGCCUGUUGUAUGCCGAAGAUGCCAAGAAAUUAAAACUGAUGUCAUGAUUAUGGAAAGUAAAAGUAGAUGAAGAUACGGGACAUGACGAGUCUGAAGCAAGUGGAAGUCAUGAACCUGAAGCCAGUGUGACCAGCCUGUAGCAAGUCGAGUCAUUGUUCGAUCUAAUAACCCGACUUUAGUUUGAUGGGGGGGUCAUCUCCUUGAAUUAUGUUUGUAGUUUUGUGGUGAAAGUUCUGUUUAUAAUAUGCUUGUUGUAGAGCCAAUUGUAAAUACUGUGAAAUGCACAGUACACAAUGUUAAGGUCUGUUUCACACAACUACAGGAUUUGGAAUUAAAAGUUUUAACGAAAA